UAUCUCUAACACUUCCUGGUCUUGAUUUGAGUUCAAGUAAUCUGAAACGAAAGGACCAUUUGCGAAAAUGGAUGUACACGCUCUAAAUGUGCGAAUGCUGUUUUUCCUGUGUCUUGUUACCUCUUGUGUCAGCUUUUUAGUCCCUGGACACCCAACGCAAAAUGGGACCCUAGCACCACCAGACAAAGAUGCCGCCCUCUCAUAUCUAGUGCAGGAGGUGUUUGAUCUCAGAGUCCUACUCCAAAGCCAGGAGCGAGAAAUCCAAGCUCUAAAAUCCCAACAAGCGCUAGUGGAUGUUAACAACCAGACUGGGUUUCAGGCUGUCAAAACUUGGUUGGAAAACUUGGAAAAUUCCGUCCAAUUCUUAACCACGACUCAACAGAAUCACGAGAUUCGAGAUGAAGAGACAAACAGGACGAUUUUCCUAGAGUUGGAUCAAUUGAAUUCAGAGCUUUCCGAAUUACGAAGCACUACAAAUAAAACAAUUAUGAAGGUAUACAAAGAACUGCAGAGUGAAAUCACGAAUCUUACAGUAAAGGAAUUUGGAGAUGUACAACGAAUUGAAGGCCUUAUAUUAACAGAGCAUAAAGCGACAGGGAUAGAGAUAGCAGCACUGAAGGCUAGGCUGCAACAUUUAAAUGACACCCUUAUAGGAAUAUUAAAACCAACUGGUAUAAGAUUAACCGGCGGAGAUGCCAACUCUGGUAGGGUAGAGAUUAGAUUCCUCGGAGAUUGGGGAACUGUUUGUGAUGACGACUUUGGAAUCGAGGAAGCUAGAGUUGUCUGCCGGAUGCUUGGAAAGAGCACGACUAAUGCACAGUCUUUCAGUGGAUCAAACUUCGGACAAGGAACCGGAACUAUAGUGUAUGAUGACCUGGGCUGUACAGGAUCCGAACCCGACCUGUUUAAAUGUCCCCAUGCUGAGCUCGGUCAUCACAACUGUGCUCAUACUGAGGAUGCUGGAGUUAGCUGUGGUAAGUCAAAAUAA